AGCCACCUGCACCCGAGAGGGCGCCGCCGAGAGGCCCGCCGGCCGCGAGGCCCUCGCGGCGCAUAAUAUGCGCUGCGCCGGCGGCCUCCGCGUCGCGCCUGGCGCCGCCGCCGCGCCCCCGCACCUCGGGAGCGGGCCCGCGCCGCGGGGCGCGCCGCCGGGGGCCUUCGGGGGCGCCGCGGGCCCGGCGCCAGGGGCCUGGGGAUGCUGGCCGCGAAGCGCGCGGGCCUUUGGAGUUGCUCUUCGCUCCGGCCACCGCGGGCCUGGCAGGGCGGCGCGGGAGGCGCGCCGCGAGGCGCGCCGUCGGGCUGCCCGUCAGGGAGGCGCCGGCGGCCACGGCCGUGGCGGUCCCUGCCGCGGGGGCCAACUGGCGGAGGAGGUGCGGCAGCAGCGGGCAGACCAGUACCGGCUGCUGCUCUUCAGCGUGCUCGUCCUCGCUUUCACGGACACGGACGGGGACCACAUCCGGCUGCAGAGAGAAGGGCUUUCUGUGAACGAGUACGUCAACGGCAGGCUCGCGAUACGCGAUCUGCGGUAUUUCGAGGUCUGCGCAGGUACCCGAGAGUAUCGCGAGGAUAGUUCAGGGAUGGGGUAUAACAGUGGGAUCGAUGGAAGAGGCUACUUCCGAGAAGGUGAGGAUGUCCACGACUUGAUCCGAAUGCGAGACUUGUUGUUUAUGCACCGCGAGUUUGUGGCCAAAUGUUUGGCCGCGGUGUGUUUGCUGAAAGACUCUGAGGCCUAUCAGGUCAUGAUGAGAGCACACUCGGAGGGCGUGGCUGUCGUUGGAACGUACUCCUUCGAAUCAGCCGAAGCAUAUUGCCGGGGCCUCAGGUCCAAGGGCUUGAGCGUUGACAUCGUCCCCGUCGAUAACAAUGAGUGA